ACUAUCCUCCGCAUCAAGAAGAAGCUGCGUUCUUUUUCACUGUGUUGUUGUUGCUCAGAGUUUCUGUCCAAGGUGCUGAAAUCUGCUGCUCCGGGGACAGGUCACGUGACUGCGCUUCCUCCCUCUGUGAGAGCAGGAUGCUGUGUGUGCUCGCGCGCUCAGUGCGCGUGUAUAGGCACGGGGACACCUCAGUCCUCAUCAUGAGCGAGUCAGGCUCAUGAGGAAGGCUUCUCUAAGACGGCGUCGUGGUUUCUGUGAUAUGCUAGCCGUGUGGAGUCUGUGCGAUUGAAUGCGAGACUUCGACUCUUCACGUGCAUCCAUUUCUUCUUUCUGUUCUAUUUCUACCUCUUAUUUUUGUUCUUUUUUUCAGUGCCGCUGCAGACAUUAGUGUGGCAACUGUGGAUGGGCACACAGGAGUGGGCUGCUGCCCACCAAGUCUGACUGUGUUUCGGAGGUGCUAAGCAGAAGAACAUGUAAGAACCAGCACGCAGAUCCUCACGGAUCGUAUCAGAGCCAAAAUGCAGAAAGGGAUGAGACUGAAUGAUGGCCACAUCACCUAUCUGGCUGUUUUGGCAAAGAAGGAUGGCACGAGGCGAGGGUGCCUGAGUAAGAAAAGCUCAGACAACACAAAAUGGCAUUCAAAGUGGUUCGCUCUGCUGCAGAAUAUGCUGUUUUAUUUCGAAAACGACUCGAGCUCACGCCCCUCCGGACUGUACCUGUUGGAGGGAUGUGCUUGUGACAGGGCACCGUCACCCAAACCGUCUCUGUCCGCGAAAGAGGGCUUAGAGAAGCAGUAUUACUUCACUGUCACGUUCAAUCAUGACAACCAGAAGGCUUUGGAGCUACGCACAGAGGAUGUCAAGGACUGUGAUGAGUGGGUGGCUGCUAUCACACAGGCCAGUUACAGGAACCUGGCUACAGAGCAUGAGACCCUCAUGCAGAAGUAUCUCCAUCUACUCCAAAUAGUGGAGACGGAGAAAACGGUUGCCAAGCAACUUCGACAACAGAUAGAGGAUGGGGAAAUUGAGAUAGAGCGGCUGAAAUCAGAGAUUUCUGGACUUCUCAAGGACAAUGAGAAGAUCCAGUUGAAUCCAGAGGUUCCCCCCAACGAAGAUGACACCGAGAUCAAGAAGAUCAAAAAGGUCCAGAGUUUCCUGCGAGGUUGGAUUUGCCGCAGGAAGUGGAAAACCAUCAUACAGGACUACAUCCGUUCACCCCACGCUGAGAGCAUGAGGAAGAGGAACCAAGUUGUGUUCAGCAUGCUGGAAGCUGAGGCUGAAUACGUCCAGCAACUCCACAUCCUGGUCAACAACUUCCUGCGGCCUCUCCGCAUGGCUGCCAGCUCCAAGAAGCCGCCCAUCACACAUGAUGAUGUCAGCAGCAUCUUCCUAAACAGCGAGACCAUCAUGUUCCUGCAUCAGAUCUUCUACCAGGGCCUGAAGGCGCGGAUAGCCAGCUGGCCGACACUUGUGCUGGCCGAUCUGUUUGACAUCUUGCUGCCGAUGCUGAACAUUUACCAGGAGUUUGUGAGGAACCACCAGUACAGCCUGCAAAUCCUGGCCCACUGCAAACAGAACCGGGACUUUGACAAGCUGCUCAAACAGUACGAGGCCAAGCCCGACUGUGAGGAGAGGACGCUGGAGACCUUCCUUACCUACCCUAUGUUUCAGAUCCCUCGUUACAUUCUGACAUUACAUGAGUUGCUGGCUCACACCCCUCAUGAGCAUGUGGAAAGAAACAGUUUGGAUUACGCCAAGUCAAAACUGGAGGAACUUUCCAGAAUCAUGCACGAUGAGGUGAGUGAGACAGAGAACAUCAGGAAGAACCUCGCCAUUGAGCGAAUGAUAGUGGAGGGUUGUGAAGUGCUGCUGGACACCAGUCAGACGUUUGUGAGGCAAGGCUCUCUGAUCCAGGUGCCCAUGAGUGAGAAAGGAAAGAUCACAAGAGGUCGACUGGGCUCCCUGUCUCUGAAGAAAGAAGGCGAGAGACAGUGCUUCCUCUUCUCCAAGCAUCUCAUCAUCUGUACACGUGGCUCUGGGGGAAAACUUCACAUCACUAAGAAUGGAGUGGUGUCUCUCAUAGACUGCACACUGAUGGAGGAGCCAGAGGGGACAGAUGAUGAGUCCAAAGGGGAGCGGAGCGGCCAGGAUACAGAGCACCUGGACUUUAAACUGAUAGUGGAGCCCAAAGACGUCCAGCCCUACACCAUCAUCCUGGUGGCUUCAUCCAGACAGGAGAAGUCAGCGUGGACCAGCGACAUCAGUCAGUGCAUUGACAACAUCCGCUGCAACGGACUGAUGAUGAAUGCCUUUGAGGAAAACAGUAAAGUCACUGUGCCACAGAUGAUUAAAUCUGACACCAGCUUGUACUGUGAUGAUGUCGACAUCCGCUUCAGCAAAAUGAUGAACUCCUGCAAAGUGCUGCAGAUUCGCUAUGCCAGCGUGGAGCGUCUGCUGGAGAGGCUGACUGACCUGCGCUUCCUCUCAAUCGACUUCCUGAACACCUUCCUCCACUCUUAUCGAGUCUUCACCAGUGCCGACGUUGUGCUGGACAAGCUCAUCACCAUCUACAAGAAGCCCAUCAGUGCCAUCCCUGCACGUUCUUUGGAGCUUUUCUUUGCCAGCAGCCAGAACAACAAACUCCUAUACGGCGAGCCACCCACGUCGCCGCGUGCCAGCCGCAAGUUCUCCUCCCCUCCCCCCCUCUCCAUCACCAAGUCGUCCUCGCCCAACCGAAGACGCAAGCUCUCGCUCAACAUCCCCAUCAUCACAGGGGGCAAAGCUCUUGACCUGGCUGCACUCAGCUGCUCCCCCAAUGGCUAUGCAAGCAUGCACUCCACCAUGUCACCUUUCAGUAAGACCACUCUGGACAUGAACAAGUUCUAUGUGUCAAGCACCAUGGCCAGCAAGAUCCCCGAUGAGGGAGAGCCCAAAACUGAAGGCAAGGCUGAGGAUGCCGUCCCCAGCAAGCAAGAUCUGUCCAUGAGAGAGGAGUGUGAUGAGGACCCGAGUCAGAGCGAUGAAACAGAAGCAGAAAUGUCCCCUCCAAAGUCCCCAUCAACACCCAAGAAUGUCAAGUCAAAAAACUCUGAGUUUUCCUUGUUUUCCUUCAACAAUGGCAUGGUGGUGUCAUCUUGUCGGGAGCUGGACAAUAACCGCAGUGCCCUUUCUGCCGCUUCAGCCUUCGCCAUCGCCACCGCUGGUGCCAAUGAAGGCACACCAACUAAGGAGAAGUACCGCCGCAUGUCGCUCGCCAGCACAGGUUUUCCCACAGACCAGAGGAAUGGAGACAAAGAGUUUGUCAUCAGAAGGGCAGCAACAAACAGAGUCCUGAAUGUUCUGCGUCACUGGGUCUCCAAACACUCCCAAGACUUUGAGCUGAACACAGAGCUGAAAAUGAGGGUAAUCAGCUUCCUGGAAGAGGUGAUGCAUGAUCCAGAGCUCCUGACACAGGAGAGAAAGGCAGCCGCCAACAUUAUCAGGACUCUCACCCAGGAGGACCCUGGAGACAACCAGGUCAGCCUGGAGGAGAUCGCACAGACGGCCAUGGAUGACUGUAAGACUGAGCCCUUUGAGAGCCACUCUGCCCUGGAGAUAGCUGAGCAGCUCACACUGCUGGACCACCUGAUCUUCAAGGCCAUCCCGUACGAGGAGUUCUUUGGUCAAGGCUGGAUGAAAAAUGACAAGAACGAGAGAACUCCGUACAUCAUGAAAACAACAAAGCAUUUCAAUGACGUCAGCAACAGGAUUGCUACAGAGAUCCUUCAGUCGGACGAUGUCAACAUGCGCGCGGCAGUGAUAGAGAAAUGGGUGGCAGUGGCUGACAUCUGUCGCUGUCUCCACAACUACAAUGCCAUUUUGGAGAUAACUUCUUCUCUGAACCGCAGCUCCAUCUUCCGUCUCAAGAAAACCUGGCUCAAAGUCUCCAAGCAGACAAAGACUGUGAUCGAUAAAUUACAGAAGCUGGUGUCAUCAGAGGGACGAUUCAAAAACCUGAGAGAAGCUCUGAAGAACUGUGACCCUCCAUGUGUUCCCUACCUGGGAAUGUACCUGACGGACUUGGCCUUCAUUGAGGAAGGGACACCAAACUACACAGAGGACAACCUGGUCAACUUCUCCAAGAUGAGAAUGAUUUCUCACAUUAUCAGAGAGAUAAGACAGUUUCAGCAAACAGCUUACAAGAUUGAUUAUCAACCAAAGGUUGCAAAGUACCUGCUGGACAACAGUACAGUGCUGGAUGAGGAGAGCCUUUAUGAAGCGUCUCUGAGAAUCGAGCCGAAAACUUCAUCAUGAAGAGGAAGUCUCUCUCUCUCUCUCUCUCUCUCUCUCUCUCUCUCUCUCUCUCUCUCUCUCUCUCUCUCUCUCUCUCUCUCUCUCUCUUUCUCUCUCAGCCCGCAUCUAGAGUGUACAGGAAAGAUAUAUAUCAUAAUGUACAUAUACUAUUAUUUGUAUUAGACACAAUAGGCUGUGCCCUUCUAGUAUGUGCUCCCCAAUGGACUCGUUAUGUAUAAUCGUUAUUAGAGACCGAGUAGAAGCCCAGAGUGGUUUUAUUUAUAUAGUUACAGAGUAUUUAUAUGUUAUUUAUCGUCUUAAAUACCAUUUUACGUUGAAGUAAUUUUCAACCACAGAAUUAAAAGAUUAAAGAGUAUAAAGACAUUAUAUUUAAUCAUAUCCUAAUGGGAACAUGCAGUUUAAAGAGGCUUUCAUUGCUGAGAGCUGGUUUAUUAUUGACACAUGAAUAUCAACUCCAAUUUUCAGCUUGGAUGUUAAAGACAAAGAGAGAAGUUCACAUAGCUACUAUUUUUUAAACAAAUCCCCAAAACAAACAUUUAGCCUUAUCAGUGCUGCAGCUGUGACUUCAGCCAUUUUGUCCCCAGUCCCCCAUCCACUUACUUAAAUCAGUAAUCUAAAGGAUACAAAUCUUUGGGAUUUAAGAGUUAAAAAUGGGGAUGUUAAAGUCUUAACAUUUUUACCUUUCUAAAUCUAUCUCAGAGGAAUUCAGAGGUGAAAGUGCGACUGCUCCUUUGUCACAAGUUGACUCAUGUGUUCAGAUGUUUAACGUAGCCACUGAAUUACAAGGAUUAGACGUUUGGAAAGUUUGAGUUAAAUUGACACGACUUCUGAAAGAGCUGGAAAGACUUUUUUUCCGCUGGUAGAGAUGGGUUGUUAUGCUUUGCUGAUCAUCACCUUAUUCCCCUGGUGGGCAACAUGAUGUAUAUAUAGCAUAAGCACUGGGCAGUGUAUGUAGCAGAUGUAACCAAUAUUGAGCCACUUCAGGAAGUUAAAUUCCCAGCUUCUACACUGAGACAGUGACAGAGAUUUUAUGUUUAAUCCUCUCUGGCCAGUGCAUUAUAGUUUUGCCUUAAUCUCCAAAUGGAUUAUAAACCACAAAUAUGUCAACUAUUUUGUUCUACAAUUUGCCAAUGACGCAGAAGUAUUUGCUGUGUACAACAUCCUGUACAGGCAGUCUGAUGCAUUUCCUAACGUGCAAUGUGUUAAAUACAUAUCCCUCGAAAUGUGUUAUCCUUAUGAUUGUUCAACUCUGUAACUUUUCUGUGUAUGAUACUUUGAAACAAAUGUUGAAAGCAACUUAUAAGUGUAACACAUUCUGUAUCCUGUCUAUUCCAAUGUGUUAGCAGGAAUUAUACAGUAGUUAUGUUGUGCUUAUUCUUGGAAUAUUUAUAGGUAUUUUUUACAGGCUUUGUAUAGAAAACACCUAAAGCUUAAGUGGCAGGCAUGAACCACUUUCACGUGUUCAAAUCAAACCUAUAUCUAGAACAGUAUGUGUACUGUAUUUAAACCCCACCCUUGCACCUGAAUCUUUACCCUCUAACAGGCACAUCAAAUGUUUGCAGUGAGCAAUACCCAGUGGUAUGAGAAUUAUCUUUCAGUUUAUUUCAACAGCUUGAGUAGUAUUUCCAGUUUUGUAUAAAAGUGUAUUCUUUCCUGAUUACCUCUUGUUAAUAAAUCUAUUCUUUCUCAGGGGGAUAAAGUGUCCUCAAGGUGUGUUUCACUUUGUCAAAGCACAUUAACUUUGUACUUGAAGCUUUCCAGGACUGGAGAUCAUAGGGGGCUGGGAGAAGGGGGUGUUACGUAUUCAUUACAGAACGAGCCGAGUCAUGUGACACCCUUACAGCUUUAGGAGUGUAACGCAGAAGUAUAAAUCAGCCUUAAGCAUGGCGCUCGGUGCUGUUUGGUUAAUAAGCAUCGCUUUUACUUUAGUUCAUUUAACGCCAUUAAUAUUACUCGAAG